GUGGUGGUCUCCAUCUACAGCGUCCUCUUCGUCAUCAGCGCCAUCGGCAACACCACCGUCUUCAUUUCGCUGGUGAAGAAUCGCAAUCGCAAGCUUCGCAUCAAUCUGCUCAUACUCAAUCUGACCAUAGCCGAUCUGAUCGUCACUUACAUUAUGAUCCCGAUGGAGAUUGGCUGGCGAAUCACCAACCAGUGGCUGGCCGGUGAUCUGAUGUGCCGCGUACUGCAGGCAUUCAGAGCCUUUGGUCCGUAUCUCUCCAGCAUGAUCCUCGUCUGCGUCUCACUGGAUCGCUACUUUGCCGUCAUCCACCCGCUGAAGGUGAACGACGCCCACCGCCGCAGCAAGAUCAUGCUGACCUUUGCCUGGCUGACGAGCAUCGUCUGCAGCGUCCCGCAGACCAUCGUCUUUCACACCGCCUCGCAUCCGCUCUUUCCAGACUUUGUGCAGUGCGUCUCCUACAACUCGCUGACCGAGUGGCAGGAGAUCUUCUACAGCACCUUCGGCAUCGCCGCCCUCUACCUCAUUCCUCUGAUCAUCAUCAUCUGCUGCUAUGCGCGCAUCCUCUGGGAGAUCUACCGCCGCUCCAAGGAGUCCACCGAGGACAUGCAAAGCAGUCGUCACCUGAUCCACCGAACCGAGUCGGACGGCGGUGGCAGUACCACCGGUGAAGGAGGAGGAGGAGGAGGAGGAGGCAGCGGCAGUGGUCGUCCUCGAGGGCGAAACAACUCCUAUGUUUCUUCGGGCAGUGGCAAUCACGGGAGUGGCAGCAAGAGCAAUCACAACAAAUUUCACCUGCGGCGGUCAGACAUUGCGCAGAUUGAGAAGGCGCGCAUUAGGACGCUUCGCAUGACCAUAAUCAUCGUUCUCGCCUUUGUCUUCUGCUGGACGCCGUACGCGUCCAUCGUCCUGCUCUUUCACUUCUACAAGCAGAAGGUGGAGGACAUGCAGAAGGACUUGAAGGACGCGCUCUUCAUGUUCGCCGUCAGCAACUCCUGCGUCAAUCCGCUCGUCUACGGCAGCUACACGAUGAACUUCCGGGCGCACUUUCGCCGCUGGGCGGCAGAAAGGGUGCAAGCUUGUCGGCGGUUGGUGGAGCCAAUCGAAGCAAUAGAGGAAGAGGAGGAGGUGGUGGAGGUGGUUGUAGAAGCAGCUGCCUGA